GAGGAAAAUAGUAAAAAAAUGUGGAAAAACAGAAAUACCAAUCCCUAAUUUUCUUCUCCUUGUCGCACACACCACUGCGAACGGGGGCGGUGUCGUUUGUCGUUUGUAAACACACGACUUACGACUUCCUGUUCAGUUCCGCGUGAAAAAAUUAGAUUGUUUAUAACUGCUGACGUCGACUAAAUACAAUCAAGGAACUGGGCACUGGGCAUUGAAAUUCAACGCUUAAAACCUUUUUGGACCGAGACAUGGAGAUGGAGAGACAAUCAAGGAGCUUAAGGAGUCAAGUAGGAAAAACUCGGAUUCAAAAGCCGCUGUGCAGACUGUGCGAGUGUCCGACGUCGGACGGCCACGUCCUCGCGUCGCAGGUGGACAGGUUCAAGCUGAGGAAAUGGGCCAUGAAAAUCAUGAACCUGAUGGAAGAAGACGAAAACCUGCCGGACGUGGUCGAAGAAGACGCAUUGAUCUGCUACUUUUGCAUCUGGCAGGCGGAGUUUGGGGACGAGUCUGGAGACGAAGCUGUGGCUUGGUGGCCGAAAAACUUUGAUUUAGAAGAAAACGCACAGGUGCUGCGGGAGAAUUAUUCAGUUGGAGACGUUGAACAGUGUUGGGUGCAGUUGGAAGAGAUUGAUCUGGCCAAAUACGAUAAGGAAAUCCCUAAAAAGAGGAAAUACUGCAGUGGAGUUUGUUUUUACUGCGGCAAGACAUACAACCAGCUGGCGGAUCACGUCAAGAAGAAGCACAAAGAAGCCAUCAAAUGCGGAAUUCGGGGCUGCAUGACUUACUUUCACACCGAGGAGGAAAAAGAGCAGCAUAUGCAGCAGGAUUUUCACGAGAAACGUGACAAACCAUACGAAAGCAGCAAAAUUCGUUGCAAAUUUUGUGAAAAUUGGAAAUUGCUUUCCUCAAGCACUUCGUGGAGGCUGCACAUGAGACGCAUGCAUCCAGAAUUGUUAUCGUGCAAGCAUAAAGGCUGCCAAGAGUAUUUCAAAUCCAAGCCUGCAAUGAUUCACCAUAUAAACUCGUUUCACAAACAAGGCACAAAACAAGAUCUUUUCCACUGUAAUCAUUGCGAUUAUUUUACCAAAAAGAAAACCAGGUUGAGGUUACACCAAGAGUCGAAGCACAUGCUAAAGACGUUUAACUGCGACAGCUGCGACGCCAGUUUAGGCUCUAAAUGCCUGCUUAAUUUACACUUCAAAAAUUGUCAUACAUUCGACAAGUGCAAAUCUUGUUGCCAGGACGUUUCUCUCAGGUACAAGGCAGUCCACAGAAGGCCAUCCGUUUGUUCCAAAUGCAAACUCAGUUUUAAUUGCUUGGGUUUGUAUCAAUUGCACAAGAAGAGCUGCAAACAAACUCCCUAUAGUUGCGAAUGGUGCGGAGAAUCGUUCACCUUCAGUUGGAAGUUGUAUCGCCACGUGAAAAAAUUUCACCCCAAAACUCCGAAUUUACGCUGCGACCAUUGCGACUAUUCCACAUUUGUAAAGAGAAGCUUGGAAGGGCACAUCCAAUGCUUACAUAUUCCAAAAACGAUUAAGUGUGGAGAGUGCAAGUUACUGUUUGGCUCUGAAUAUUUUCUCAAGGAUCACAAAAACAAGCGUCACAAAUACGUUCGUUGCGCAGAAUGUACCCAGGAGAUGAGCCGUCAAAAGAUGUUUUACCAUCGGACCAUCAAGUCUUGCCGCCACUGCAAGUGCAAGUUAAAGUGCUCAGGACUUCUUGAAAAGCAUUUUUGUCCGCAGGGUAAUAAUUUCAUUUGUGACAAGUGUCAGAAAAUUUAUAGGAAAAAGAAUUAUUUGUACGGUCAUAUUGUCAAGAAGCACAUUGAUGUAUAAAUAAAAUUAAUAACGACAUCCUGAAAAAUUAUGCUGCGUAUUAAAUUUAAAAAGCCUACCAAAAAAUUGUCCCUUU